AUGGCAUCCAGAGACAAAUUUAAGAAGAGGGAGUACCCAGCUCCGGACAUGGCCUCCAUCUUGAAGGCCAUUUCUACUGCGAAGGCGAGGCCCCUGAAGCCUGGGUCCAGUGGGGCAAAGGAAGUCCGAGGCAGGGUUGAGCGCCUGUCCAAGGACUGUACUCCCAGGGCCUCGGAGGAGGCAACUACUCAGAGGCCUGAGAAGCCUAAGGAGCCUCGAGACAAGGAGAAAGUCUCUGAGGAGACUAAGAAGAGGAAGUUGGUGCACAUCUCCAGCUCAGCUGCCAAGUUUGGGACCUCAGUGUCCUAUAGGGCUGAACAGACUGGAGAGCCGAAGCUUCUUGCUGCAGCCUCUAAAGCCAUCAAAAUGGAGAUGGUAAGAGAGGUAGAGGCUGAAGAGGCCAGAGAAGAGACUGCAAGGCGAGCUGCAGAAGCCGCCGAAGAGGAGGCAGCAAAGGAGAAGCCGGUUCGGGAGAAGGGGAAGUCUCCAAACUUCCUAGCUGGGAGGGAGGAGGAGCUGGCCCCAACCUUGCUGGAGGCUCUCCCUGAGGAAAUCAGAAGUGCCACCGAGAGCUUUUACAAGUUCUGGACAAAGAGGUGGCAGCUACAUGCCUCGUCUUGUGAUGCCACCGACCUCACAAGGGCACUGGAGGUUAAAGGUGCUAAGGCCGAGGCCGAAGAAGCCAAAUCCCAGAAAGUUGAAGAAGCGGCGAAGCUAGAGUCUGCUUUGGCCCAAAUUGAGGCCCUGAAGAAGGAAGUGUAUGAGUUACGGUACGAGGUGGCCUCCUUGACAAAGAAGGUGGAGGUCUCCAAUGAGCACCAAAAGGUGACUACUGAGGCCCUUGAGAAGGCGAACCUCUUCGUGGCCGGUGCUCGAGAUGCUUAUCAGUUUCUUGAAGGCCAGGCGAAGUGGUACAUGAAUGACACCUCUGUUGUCAGAGAAGAGGCCCGAACUGUAGGGGAAGAGGCGGUGAAGGAAUACAUCACCAAUUUCCACACUACAGAGGAGUAUAAAAGCUUCAGCGCGUACUGGAGGAACUUCGCCUAUGCCGAAGUGCUGGAGAGGGUAGAGGAGCUCUAUCCCAACUUGGACCUGGCUCAACUUAGGUCCGAAUUUUUGGAUGAGGUACCUCAGACCCCAGCUGAGGAGGUCCAGGGUGAUGAAGAAGUUGAUGCUGAGGCCCCUAGUGCUGAGGCAGAGAAAACAACUACUGAUGCCCAAGUUGCUGAAGGCCCCAGUGCCGAGGCUCCUCCGUCAUCUAGCCAGGCAUAG